ACAAGCAACUAUAAAUUUUUUGAAGCAACUGAACAAUGCAUCAAAAACAUUUAUAGUCUCUGUGAUAUGUUUCUCUAACAUGGCACAAGUUACCAUAGACAGUGGAGACGUAGCAACUGCUUGCCAACAGCUGUCGACUACUGAGUGGACUGAAGUUGAACACAGCGGAACUCAGUAUAUCCCUGCUAUUGACCAAGUAACGUUGAUCCUAAGGUCUCGUCAAAGUUUGAAGAAACGAGACGAUCCGUUUUAUAAACCGGCAAUCUUUUUCUUGAGCGAUGGCCAGACGAAUGAAACGGACACAGAUACUAUAUACAUGUAUAGUAAGGUGAGAGAGCUAGUUGAACGAUACGACGCUACAUUUAGCACGUGCCUUUAUGGGCCUGACAAAGAUGGCGCUCGAGAGACAUUGCUAAAAAUGUCAGAGAGCGGACCUGGAAAUUUUUAUGAAGCUCCAACAGGUGAAAAGCUGCAAGAAGAUCUUAACGAUUUCAAAGCGUCUCUCUACAAGACACGAACUAUCAGUGGGUACAAUUGAAUGAGGGCAGAUAGUGUAUUCUAGUAAUACUUAAGAAGAACUGCGUUACUAGUGAAACUAUUCUACUAAACAUUUUACGAUCUAUUUUUAAUGUUUUGUUGACAUUCUAUCACUAGCCUUUUAUCAUUUAUAGUGUGUGUAUAGAUGUUGCUAAUUGGGCUCGUCAGUUGUGCAUAACUGAUUUGUUGCACUGUGCAUGGCGUUUGAAGUAGCUGACAAGAAUGUUUUUUAAGUUUUGUUCAUUCCUUUCUAAUAUAUG